UAUAUAUAUAAUAUGUAUAUUUUGAGCGGUAUAACAUAAGACGAACACACACAAACGAAUAAAGUAAAUAAAUAAAGUGAAUUCAAAACGCUUGCAAAAAAAGCUGGCAAAAAAAGCUGGCAAAAAAAAAAAAACAAAACAAAAACAAAGUGGCAGAAAAAAUUUACCGUGAAUAUUACUCACUUUAGAAAAAAAAAAGCAGGUAAUGUAAUCAUGUUCAAUACGCUGAUACCGUUGUUUGUUAUAAUAAUUUGUAUCGCUGAAUGUUGGAGCUUCAACAGCAUAUUAUCACAAACGGCAGCUAUAAAUGGCACAAAUGAAACAUUAUCAAAGUUCAUAAAUUCCAUUGAGUCUGCGGCAGCUGACGAAGCUUCAAAUCUGAGCACAUCAACAGAGAUUGCUUUAGAGGGUACAAACUAUGCGGCGGCACUACCGGAGGAUUGCUCACAGCGCAAUAAGAAAGCAGAACAGCCGUUGAAUAGUAAAAACUCGCGGCUGAGAAAAUGCUGUCCGCACGGCGAGGGGUUGAGCAUAUUUAAUGACAACAAAACAGAUGAAUUUUGUGAUUCAACGAAUUUCCACUUCGAACCCAAUAUUAUAAGUGCCGUACUUUAUGAUAAUUGCAUUGAGGAUGAAGAGAAUGUAGUAGAUUUGGAGAUGGAAAUCGGAAAUCCAUGCAAUUCAUCACUAAUAUACAAUAGUGAAGAGGAUACAUUCUUCGUUUUGCAAGACGGCUCCUUACUCAUCAUGGACAAGUAUGGAAAUGAUAGUUAUACGGUGGAGAAAUACUACUGUCUCGAUAUGGACAAUGUGUCUGGCAUUACCUACGCCAUUACCUGCAUAACAGCGAUUGAAGAGCACUUGAAACGUGGACAAAUGAUAGCCAUUGCAGCACUGAUGCUUGUAUCCAUACCCUGCUUAUUAAUUGUUAGUUAUAUACAUAUAAGACUGAAGGAAUUACGAACCAUGCAUGGUUUAUGCUUGAGCUCAUUGUCAUUGUGUUUAGCUCUGGGUUAUUUUUUACAUUCAUUAGUGCAUAUUUUCAAAAUCGAUUCCAUGAAAAUUGGUUAUGUUAUACAAUUCCUUAUGUUAUCCUAUUUUAUAUGGUUCUUCUGUCUCUGUUGGAAUGUAUUGGUGAAUAUUUGGCAUCGGAUACCAGCGAAUAAGAGAGCGUCGAAAACGAUCGUAUGGUGCGUGUUUGGUGUACAUUCACUCAUUUGUUAUACCGUUGCCGGUUCAUUAGUGGCAAUGACUGUGCAUAAAGGACUUCCUGGCAUGCCGUCGUAUUUCAUGCAAGGUUUGACAGCAUCCAUUCGGGAAUCCCAAAGAUAUUUUAUACCGCCGGUAUCGACGCUACUUUUCUUAUCAUUUAUCGUAAUGAUGAUAUCAUUUUUCGGUUUCCAAAAAAUUAAGAAACGAAAAACUGAAGCUGCAGCCAAGAGCAGUACAAACGGUACACUCUACACAAAUAUAUUGACAGAAAUUGAUGAAAUGAAAUAUGAGGAAGUAAAAAAAGACGCUAAAUGCAUAAGCUUCUUGGGUGUCAUUCUUAUAGUUUCUUGGUUACUGGAAAUUGUCACAUUUUAUUCACCCGGCCCAGAAGCUUACCUCAUGCUGAUGGAAAUGGUGAAUGGCCUACAAGGUGUAUUCAUAAUGUUAAUAUUCGUCGUUGUACGGCGCAGGCGCACCAUUAUUUUGAGAUGGUGGUACGAUAGAGGAUCUCAUAAUGUGGAAGAUGUAGAACUUACGGCGAUGAAUAAAUAAAUCCAUUUAUAAGUUUCGAAUUGGUGCGAAUGUUAAUAUUUGUUUGCACAUACAUAUGUAUGUAUAUUGACAUAUGUAUAUUGUACAUGCUUAAAUUGUUCAUACAUAUAAUACAUACAUAUUAAAAGUUUAUAUAUAUAUAUGUACGUGUACGUAGGUAGAAAUACUGUUUAAUGCACCACAUUAGCUUGACGAGUUGUAUGAUAAAUUUUCAUAAAUAAAUCUUUUAAAAGAU